AUGUCUCGACAAGUUGGACAGAGCUUCUGGGCCGAGCUUUCGGGAUCAGAUGUGCCAUCAGGCUCCUUCUUUUUCGAAACUUUGACGAUUUCCAUCGGGUUCAAACGAGGUCGUCUAUACCUUAUCCCAGCCAUGCCAUCUCGGCUCGAUCGCCGUGAAAGUGUAGAGCGGAUCGAUGAUCCAUUCACCUUCAGCAGCGACUUAUAUAUCGCGAGAUGUUCCUGGCAGAAAAUCUUCGAGACGACGGGUUCGAUGAUGAUUACGACCAUGAUCAUGUUCGCUUCUCAAGGUCUAGCUUCCGAUGCUAUGCAGUGGACGUCCUCUCCCAUGUCAAACUACUCUGUUGAAUCUCCAGGCGACCUCCGGCGGCUCUCAGGAGAAGGCGACGUUGAGGAUCAUUGCGAAACAGAGUACGAAGAUAUCGCAGCCGCCACGGCAUGGAACUCGAGCUCAGCGAACGAAAAGAGCUCUUACUCAACUGCUGAGUUCGGUCCAUAUGACAGGUUUCUUCCCUGGACGGUGUCGGGAUUGUCUGCGGAUCGUAGACCCUCGAUCAUCUCGAUUUCUCCUCGAGGCAGCCCGUCGAGAUCGCUUACACCCAGACGAAUGGUGCGACUGGAUUCGCCUACCAACGCGACACGGAGAGGAUCAGAAUCUAGUUUGCUCGGAUCCCAACUGAGCGCCUCUCUACCAUCUCGGAGACGGUCGAGUAAUCAGUCUCAUCAGCUCCUGCAAGAGGUGUUACAACGUCGCGCGAGCGCAGUCAGCAUGUCCAGCGCAGUCAGCGAAGCCUCCUCGAGGAACACGGAACGAGAUUGGGAGCGCGAUCAGAUCGACAAGAUCCGCAGUAUGAAUAGCCUUGGACGAAGGUUCUCGGAAGUGGUAGAAAUCGUGCCUCGCUCUCCUGAAUCCUCCUCGUCAGAGGAGGAGGAGGAGGACCGGGAUUACACGCCGAGCAUCUUGCCUGGUCGCCGGGGAGCUGCCAACACGUGGUCGCCGGAUACCGAAGACAUCCCCACUGACGAUGAAUCCGAGGUGCAAUCCCUUCCACCCACGGCCACCCCCGAUACUUCUAUGCGGCAACCCAUGGCGUUUUCCAACUUUCCCCUAGCGAGUGUGGCUACCGCGAUAGAUUACCGCUCCGAUGCCAAUCGAUACCCGCGCCUGGACGUGUUCGCUUCCAGGACAACAAACCAGCUAGAGACUCCUUCUCCGGAGAUGGCCCCAGCAGAGUUUCUCCGGAGGCUGAGGGAACCCAUCACGCUGCGUGGUUGGACGCCGCAUGCUCGGCCUGUAGUCAGCGGACACGAGGGGUCAGAAUCAACGCCGCUGCGUGUCGCAUCGGUCGCUGAUAACAUCUCCAGUCAGUUAUUCCGAGCUAGCCGUGCCAAAACGUUGCCCGAUCUCCAAGUUCAAGAGGAUCGCAAUGAUUCGGCUUGGGUCCACUCGACGCUCGAUGCUCUUGCUACACCGACGUUAGGCGCCACCCAGAAUGUGCCGGACGGCAUGGACGAAGCCCCGGAGCUGCCGACCAAGAGAGGCUCUUUCGCAGAUGGGGUAGAAGAGUUCGGCUUUCUAGCUUCAGAGAUCUCAGUAGGCACGCCUAAGCAGAGCCAAGUCUCGCCCCUCCUUACCCCAAGGCCCGCUGGAAGGACUAUCACUUUGCCACCCAUUUCCCUCUUUGAUACCCCUCUGAUGCCGACUCCGUCUAUCAAGUUUGAUGGUAUGGCCGCUUUCCUGGGCAAGCCGGACGCUACGGCAAGCGCACCAGUCUCACCUCAGCGACAGGAGCUAGAAGAGAGUACCCCAACCAUGUCGACCACGCCCAAUGCGCUGGGUUUCCCCGCACCUACAGGCACUCGUAGGGCGCGACCCACUUCGCUGCAGGUCAUGCCUGCACGAAACGACCACUUGAGCGAGAUCCGAAGCAGGCCGAGAUCCGGCGGUCUCGCCAUUUCAAAUGCAGACCUUCCAGGGGCCUUGAACCCGGUUUGGGCAAACGAGUGGUCCGGCGGGUCUCGCUUCCCCAGCAUGAUGUCGGUGAAAAGACCUACAAUGGGGAACCGGUCCGUCACCUCGCCAGCUGUGGUCACAGCGGGAUCUCCUCGAGAGAACCGAAUCUCGCGCAAGCCGGUUCCAUCUUAUUCACCUCUGACGGAAUGCGACGAGUCCCAUAUGGGGUCGCCUCUCCUCUUAUCUGAUGGCACUUCGCUUCACAACGCGCACGCCAAGACCGGAUCGUCUUCUGGCGGUGCAGGUGUCGACUCUCCAAUCACCAGGGAAGAGAGAGCGAAAUUCGAUCGACGAGAACAAAGGCGCGUCGAGAGGAAACAAUGCCGGCGGUGCCAGGAAAAGCGGGCGCUUCGCCUGCUGACCGAAUCGAUCAUGAUGGGAAUCGAAUCAACGGGGUCACCCAGACAAGCUGCUCAUACACAUGAACAUCGGCACCAUCGGAGACAGCAGCAUUCGCAAGACCGCGAUACCCCGAGGCAGACCUCAGACCUGUUGUCGCCCGCCGUAGCACCUACUGAACCACUCCGCAGCCCUCCAACUGUUCACCGGACUGCGCUCCCUCAAAGGCGAAGUUUGCCUCCUGCCCCUACUCAAUUCAGACCGACAGUUACGGCACGACCAGGCAUGGCUCCCCGCUCCUAUUCCGAAAUGCAAAGCGGGCCGUAUCCUUCACAGCCUCGAGUCACAUACGGCCCCACGGUCAUCGAUACCGACCGUGUUCCUCAUCACCAUACGAACCCGGGUCCUGCCAUUUCCGGACCUAUACUCAUCUCUAGCACGUCGCAAAACUCUGACGUACGGAAGUCAUUGGCGGCUGAGGUGUCACCUCCAUCCCGGACGAGCGGGGCGCGCCCUGUAUUGCGAAGAUCCGUUUCGACAUCGGAUUCCCGUCGACAAAGCAAACGAGGUACUUUUGCCAGGCUCUUGCACGCCUUCGAUCCUCACCAUCACGAGGAGAAGCACAGCCUAAGGGCCUCGAAAAGCUUCUCGAACGAGCCCAAGUCCGAGCGCAUUUCGACAGAUGGAUCCAAUCUGGAAUUGACGAGAGCGCUACGAGAGAGGGCAACUGCGGGGCUCUUUCAGCACCACGAUGAAGCUGCCAAGAAGUACUUUAGGAGGUCGGGGGGAUAUCAAUAA